AUGAACAAGGUNCGCAACUCAACACGUUACACGGAACCUGUACGCAACUCAACACGUUACACGGAACCUGUACGCAACUCAACACGUUACACGGAACCUGUACGCAACUCAACACGUUACACGGAACCUGUACGCAACUCAACACGUUACACGGAACCUGUACGCAACUCAACACGUUACACGGAACCUGUACGCAACUCAACACGUUACACGGAACCUGUACGCAACUCAACACGUUACACGGAACCUGUACGCAACUCAACACGUUACACGGAACCUGUACGCAACUCAACACGUUACACGGAACCUGUACGCAACUCAACACGUUACACGGAACCUGUACGCAACUCAACACGUUACACGGAACCUGUACGCAACUCAACACGUUACACGGAACCUGUACGCAACUCAACACGUUACACGGAACCUGUACGCAACUCAACACGUUACACGGAACCUGUACGCAACUCAACACGUAGAUGUGUAUAA